AUGUUUUCAGGGCAUAUCCCCCCUUGCUUAAAUAUUGCAAUAGUAAGUGAUGUGUUUGAUUCCUCACUUGAUGAUACGGAGCCUUCAACUUCCUCGCUUAGUUCUACUACAUUACGAAUUGAAGCUUCGAUGAGAAAGGAAGAAAUUAUAGAGUUUACUACGAAGAACAUAUCUUACUCUUACCAUGGAAGAAUCCUCUUUUACAUGUCUGGCAUUGAUCUCUCAAGCAAUAAGUUAGUUGGUGUGAUUCCUUAUCAAAUUGGAAAUCUUGUUGGAAUCCAUGCACUUAAUCUCUCUCACAACAAUUUGACAGGACUAAUCCCAUCAACGUUUUCAAAUCUCAAACAGAUUGAGAGUUUAGAUAUUUCAUAUAACAAUUUGACUGGAAAAAUCCCUCCUCAAAUUGUUGAACUAUAUAAUUUGGCUGUUUUUAGUGUGACAUAUAAUAAUUUAUCUGGCAAAACUCCUGAUAAAACUGCUCAAUUUGGGACAUUUGAAGAAGAUAGGUAUGAGGGAAAUCCACUUCUUUGUGGAAAACCAUUGCCCAAACCCUGCAGUGCAAUUGAAUCACCAUUUUUUAUGCCAAAAGCUUCAAGUAAUAGUGGAGAAGACAAUACUGUCAUUGAUAUAAAUAUCUUCUAUGUAAGUUUUGCAGUUACUUACAUAAUUUUUCUUGUAGGGAUUGUUGUGGUUUUAUACAUAAAUCCUUACUGGCGUCGCACAUGGUUUUAUUUUGUUGAGUUGUGCAUAACAUCUUGCUACUAUUUUGUCAUAGAUCAUCUUCCAAAAUGAUAUGAUGAUGAAACAGUUAGUUGGAUUUUAUGUACCUAUCUUACAAAAUUGGCCUGUUUUGAUUUGGUCUCCAAAAUUUAAAUUAUUCUGUUCAUAU